ACACUUGGAGUGGCAGGAAUCUAUUAAACUAUGAAUUGCUGAGCCCCCUCCUGGCCCCAGAGAACUCGGUGUCGCUCGAGUGUGUGUAUGUGGUUUGAGCUGCAGUUUCACUGAGCUGCCGCGAUUGCAGAUUUGAAGAUGUUUCGAUAACAAGACCGGUGUCAAAGCUUCAUAUGGCCGAGAAAGUGACAGACGCGAUGGCACCUCCCGCCGACCCCUUGAACAUAGGCAACAUUCUGGUUCAUGUGGACUGGACUGAGCCCUGGCUGAUGGGGCUUAUCACGUUUCAUGUUGCCAUUCUGAGCCUGACGCUACUGACAAGAGACCGGGGCAAUGUUCAAGCUGGGCUCUUUGUGACUGCGCUGCUGCUCGUCUACUUUUCGGAGGCGCUGAACGAGUUGGCAGCGCAGCAUUGGCGCUCGUUCUCGAGCCACCAGUACUUCGACAGCCAGGGCAUGUUCAUCUCGCUGGUCUUCUCUGCCCCUCUACUGCUCAACUGCAUCAUCAUGGUGGGCCAAUGGAUGUGGACGUCGGGAACGCUCAUGAUCCGACUGAAGCAGGCCCAGCUCCGGCAGGAGAUCCGGCGGCAGCGGUCGGCCAACUCCAACAGCCACAGGUCGACGGACUCCUCCAGCAAGGAAGACUGAAGCGAGCCACCGGCCUCCGCAAAACCGGGGGAAGCUCGACCGCUGCGACUCCCGACCCUUCGAGUCUUCCUCUAGUCACCGACGGAACGAGAACAGCGGGGCGUCACCUCCGACGCAUGCUCCGUGCCUUCUGCCUGUUCUUUGAAGCUUUGCGGAAGGCAGGAACUUCAGACUGGAGGCGGGACAACCGAAACUUUUCCCUGCUGUUCACACCCCGUUGGCGACUUCAGUGACCAUUUUUCAGUUCCGUGUCGAUGGCACCGGUCGGAGGGGAUGAAGCAGACGGCGCUUUAGUACCGUUUGGUUGCGUCAAACGGGAUCUUGAUCCUGUCCGAACGGGGCGCCGGUCGAGGAUUCAGAGUCGACGCACGUCCCGUCGUCGUACAGGAGCUGGAAUCAAAGAUGUACGUGGCUCUCUGUCUUUUUACUUCUCCACGCUGGGUGUGUGGAAACACAUUUAAAAGGGCACGCCCAUUUUGAGUGGCGUUUGUGGGAAGUGCAAAAACCUCACAUGUUUGGGUGUUCCAUCGUCCAGAUUUGGUUUCUGCUGUUUUGGCAAAGUCUGAAGCCUGUUCAGUCCACCAAACUCGAGGAACCGUUCGUCGUUUUCUUUUUAAGUCAAAGGCUUGCCGAAACUUUGAAAACUGGGAUUGUGCACAAUUGCAGCUACUUGCUUGCAGUGCCCAAAGCAUUAUGCUGUUCGGUUCUCCCCCUAGCAAUGUGGCGGUUGAACCGCGCGCAGUCGUGCAAACUAGUGUUGGCCAGUCUGCAACUGUGAUAUUCCUGCGAAGGAUUUCAGUAAUGUCCCAGUUCUGUGUGUAUGCAAGUCCAUAGUUUGUCUCUCUCUGUGUACGGGUGUAUGUAUAUAUACAUUUGUUUUAUUGAAAGUUCUACACUGCAUCUACGACUGUAGGGAGUGUUUAUUUGCGGUAGAUUUUCUUCCCUUCUGUAAAUAGGUUUAGACAGAAAUUCUUAGUGAAGAGUAGGUGCUUAUCCUCCAAAGGGGGGAGAUAUCUACUUGCCUUUAUUUAGUCUUGGCUACAACAGUUCGUCAUCACAAGCAGGAUCUGCAGCAUUCAUACCAUGGUGCAAGAAAACAAACAAAAACAAAAUCUUGCCAACGGUCAUUGCACACAAAAAAUUCCCUUAAAAGGUAUCAUCAUGCACUGCCCUCUGGUGGUGAAGAUUUGCCACUCAAAAUUCAGUCUUUACAUAUACUUGACCACGAGUAGGUGCCUAGUCCAGUGCUGUAUGCAUGUUUUUUUUGGUGCCUGCUACACCAUUAAACAUAUUCAAUUGUUUUUUCAUAAACUGAUGAAAGCAGC